AUGCGUCUUUCAUCGGCUUGCCUAGGUCUUCCAUCUUCGAUUCUCUUAUUACUUAUUUCGCAGACGGAUUCUGUACAAGCUAUUCAAGAUAAUCGAUUCUUGACCCAUUGGCCUCGCGAUCUUACGGCACAUUUCAAAGAUUGGGUUUAUGGAUCCCCGAGUUGGAGACAAGAUGAAGAACUUGAGAAGGAUGAUAUAUUGACUUCUAAAACUCCGAUUGGAACUCUGAAAAUGAGUGAAGAUGAGGGAGAGAAAUUCUUUAUGGAAUAUUGGCAAUUUGAGGGAGAGGAUACUCAAUCAAAUUUGGAUGAGAAGAAUAACUUUUUGAGAAAAAGAGAUUUGAAGGAGAAGGCUAGGUUAUUUGCAAACUCGUCGAUUCCUGUCUCUUUUCGAGCGCCAUUUGCCUUACAUACGGAAGAUCAUUCGGGAUCUUUGAAUUAUGAAGAUAUUCGAGCUCGCAGAAAAGAUUCAGCUGCUAUAUUGGCAAUACUGGAAAAGAGAGAUUUUAAAUGUCCUACGGGAACAUCGAAUUGUUCAUCAAUAGGAUAUCCAAAUAGUUGUUGCGCAACGGAUGAAACUUGUUUCAAAAUCACAGAUACUGGAUUAGGUCCUGUUGGAUGUUGUCCUAGUGGAGGAAAUUGUGGAGGAACCAUUACGAAUUGUGCUUCACCUAACACAGCCUGUGGAGAUGAUGUUGGAGGAGGUUGUUGCAUACCAAAUUAUGUAUGUGCUUCAAUUGGUUGUGUUAUAAAUCCAUCACUUGUAGUAGUUGUUACUACAACCAAAACUUUCACCGUUAUUUCAUCAACUCCAACUAUUACUACCCAAACAACUACGAUUACUAGUACAAGAUCUUCAAGCAUAUCGAGUACAUUCUCCCAAAGUUCGACAUCAACAGCUUCUACAACUACAGUCACAUCAGCUUCAGGAGUUGUUCCCGUUCGACCUACAGGUGAUUCUACAACCACAACGACGACGGUGUCAUCAACUAUCACUGGAGAUACGUGUCCAACAGGAUUCUAUGCCUGUUCAGCUCAUUAUCAAGGAGGGUGUUGUAGAACAGGUAGAAAUUGUGAUACAACAUCAUGUCCAGCUACGUCAUCAACAACAAUAAUUAGCGAUGGGAUCACAGUAGCAGUUCCAGUUGGAUCGGCAGCAACAUUAACAUCAGCAACAGGAACUUGUGCAACAGGCUGGAGUACUUGUGCGGCUAGUUUGGGUGGUGAUUGUUGUCCUAGUGGUUGGGCUUGUGGAACGGCAAGUUGUGAGAUUGUACAGACGCAGGCUAGUGCUACGAUUACGGAAGUGCGUCAGAAAGAGAUUCCUGGGGUGGGUGAGAGAGUUAGGGGAAGAGGAGGAAUGGUGGGGGUUUUUGGGUUGAUGAUUGGGUGGUUGAUUUUAUGA